UUUUACGCGAGCUUCUCCUUAUCAAAGAACUUCCGAAUUUACUGCAUGGUCACGUGAUGCAAAACGAUGAUCUCAAAAGAAGGUUAAGAAAUGAUGAUAUGUUGAAAAUACAGCGAGUUGCCAACAAUAAUGGAUAUAACGGGUUCGAUAUACCUUUAAUGUACACAUUGAUUCGAAAUUUAAAAUUAGUACCUCCUCCAACACAAGGAUGGGACAAGAAUGAUCCCACUCCGGUUGAAUUGACAAUUGGUGAUGAUGUAGAACGCAUUAGACGAAUACGAAAUGAAAUAUUACAUCGCGGAGAUGCAGAUGUAGAUGAAGACGUAUUAGCAGUUUAUAUGUGCACAUUUAAGGAAAUAGCUGGUAGACUUGAGGCAUAUCUCGGCAAACAAAAUAACGAGUUUGUAUCACAGAUAGAAAGUCUAGAGACCUGUUGCAUGGAUAUUAAAACGGAACAAAUGUACCUUGAUAAUUUGAAAGAAUUAGUUGAAGGUGAAAAAUUGGACAGAAAGAAAAUGAAGAAGAAAAGCUACUUACGAAAGGAAACAAUUAAAUGGAAAGAAGGAAGUAUUUUGGGAAUCGGAGGCGACAAAUCUCAAUGUUAUCAACUAUGCAACUAUGAAAUGCACUCUGGAGAAGUGGUUCCAGUAUAUAUUCAGGAUGAAUAUGAUAUGCCUGAGACUUUAAACAUUGAUGAUGGCAAUCUUCACUAUGGUAUGAACGAUGGAAUCUUCUUUAUAGUUUAUCAUGACAAAAAUUUGAAACCUUACCAGCAUAGAUUUAUACAGAAUGCGAAUCAGAAAAAAGCAUAUGCUGCAAACGAGUCAUUAAAAUCUCUGACAAGUGGUGCAAUAGAUCUAUCCUUGACAGUAGGAGACUGUUUGCGUGAUUUCAAAAUAUCUUGAUUAACAUAUCUGUUUGCUAGAUUAUUAAGUUUCAUUUAGAUAAAAAAAAAAUCGCGAAACUAAAACAGAAUGAAUUCAUGAUAACAAAUAAAUUGCAUCUGUAUGGAAAUUUUAGAAUACCAGUUCGAUUAAAUAUAUAUAUGAUCUUCAAUAUGUUAAUGUAUUAAGUACUUAAUUAGAAGAGAGGCGGUGGAUACCAAAGGAUUCAUCAAAUUCAUAAGUCGAUGAAAAACUGACAACGCCAUGACAAAGACAAAACGAAAAACGACCAAAAGACAAACAACAAUCUACAAAGCACAAUAUAGAAAACUAAAGGCUGAGCACCAU